AUGGGAAAUGUAGUCCAAUCCCCAGGGAUCACCGCGCGGCACUCUGGGAACGGGUCCUCCGGCCUUUCCUCCGCGCGGGUACCUACCUGCCCGGCCGCGCCUCGCGCUCUCGCAGCUGGGUCCUCGCCCGGGGGAGGUCCCAGAACUUUCGGGGUCGGGCGCGCCAGACGCUGCGCACAGCUGGGCCAGAGCGCUGGGGGGCGGGGCUCAGCGCGCGCGGGGCGCGGCAGCUGGGAAUUUCCGAGCCCCGGGCGCGCGCCGCGCCCCGCGGUCACCGUGGGCAGGUGGGGUGAGCCCCGUCAGGCGCAGGUGCUCGGUGCCCGCGGGGCUGCCUGCAGCUCGUCCCGUGAAAACCCCGCUCCCCGCAGCGGGAGGGCGAAGCGCGUUCCUAACGUUGACGGGAGGCGAGUCUGCGGGGGAGCCGCAAAGACCAGGCGCAGAUGGAGGAGUCUGGACUGCCAGGACCUGGCUUGUUGGGCUGCAGGAACUUCCUUCACUGAGAGACCCCUGGGAGCCUUGAUUACUGGCCGAGCUGAGGAACCUGGAAGCCUUGCAAGAGCUGAUUCCAGCAUGCUGACCAUGGUGUCCUCAGCAAGAGACACCUGCAGAAACCCCGACUACAGAAAACUAACAAGAAGAACUUUGAAGAGUAGAGAGAAAAUGUCCUCCCCAACUGUUGACAUAGUCAGCAGGAUAAACUUUGACUGGACACUGAGAGACCUGGGACAUCUGACAAGCAGCUAGAUGAAUGUAAGAAGCCUCUCAGAACUAAGCCUGCAGGUUUAAUGGAACCAAGAGUG